CUUUGACACUUGUUAAUUAAUGGUGGCUUGUGUGUAUGUAUGUUUUCCGUUUUAAAACGUUUCUAAUUUCCUAAUUAAAAACCCUUAAAUUAGUAAAAUUAUUGGCUUUAUAGCUAGUAAUGUGGACUAUAUCCCAUAUUACAUAAUAUUCAGAAGCAGUUAAGUUUCUAAACACCCGGACACUAAUAUGUCAAUGCCACCAUAUUUGCUGGGCCCCAACCCUUGGGCCCAGAUGAUGGCUCAGCAGCAGCUCGCGGCGGCCCACGCUCAGGCUCAAGCGGCCGCUGUUCAGGCACAGGCUCACGCUCAUGCUAUGCAGCAACAGAUGCCACCACCACAUCCCAAACCCGACAUAAUGACCGAGGAUAAAUUACAAGAGAAAGCACAAAAGUGGCAACAGCUGCAAUCCAAAAGGUUCGCCGACAAAAGGAAACUGGGAUUUAUCGAGGCCCAAAAAGAAGACAUGCCUCCAGAACAUAUAAGGAAAAUCAUCAGGGACCACGGCGACAUGAGCAGUAGAAAAUACAGACACGACAAGAGAGUUUAUUUGGGUGCAUUGAAGUAUAUGCCGCACGCGGUGAUGAAACUCUUGGAGAACAUGCCGAUGCCCUGGGAACAAAUUCGAGAUGUGAAGGUGCUGUAUCAUAUUACGGGAGCGAUCACUUUUGUGAAUGAAAUACCUUGGGUGAUUGAACCAGUUUAUAUCGCCCAAUGGGGCACCAUGUGGAUUAUGAUGAGAAGGGAAAAGCGCGAUCGUCGCCACUUUAAAAGAAUGAGGUUCCCUCCGUUUGACGACGAAGAACCUCCACUGGAUUACGCCGAUAACGUUUUGGACGUGGAACCUUUGGAGGCCAUCCAAAUCGAGUUGGACCAGGACGAGGAUUCCGCCAUCGCCAAAUGGUUCUACGACCAUAAGCCCUUGGUGGGAACCAAGUACGUGAACGGUUCGACUUAUCGCAAGUGGAAUUUAAGUUUGCCACAGAUGGCCACACUUUACCGAUUGGCCAAUCAACUUUUAACGGAUUUGGUCGAUUAUAAUUACUUCUAUUUGUUUGAUACGAAAAGUUUUUUUACCGCUAAGGCUUUGAAUAUGGCGAUACCCGGCGGACCAAAGUUUGAACCUUUGAUUAAGGAUAUGAACCCAGCGGAUGAAGACUGGAAUGAGUUUAAUGAUAUUAAUAAGAUUAUCAUUAGGCAACCCAUAAGAACCGAGUACCGGAUUGCCUUUCCUUAUUUGUAUAAUAAUAUGCCACACUUUGUACAUCUGUCGUGGUAUCACGCUCCGAACGUCGUCUACAUAAAAACCGAAGAUCCCGAUCUACCAGCGUUCUAUUUCGAUCCGUUAAUAAACCCAAUAUCUCAUAGACACGCCGUGAAAAGUUUAGAGCCUCUGCCGGACGAUGAGGAAGAAUUUAUUCUUCCAGAGCAUGUCCAAUCAUUUUUACAAGAAACGCCUCUCUAUACAGACAAUACUGCUAACGGAAUCGCUUUGCUAUGGGCCCCAAGACCAUUUAACAUGAGAUCAGGUCGAACAAGACGAGCCGAGGACGUUCCCUUAGUAAAAUCGUGGUACAUGGAACACUCGCCGCCCGGACAACCCGUUAAAGUUCGCGUCAGCUACCAAAAACUAUUGAAGUAUUACGUUUUGAACGCGUUAAAGCAUCGACCGCCUAAGCCGCAAAAGAAACGAUACUUGUUCCGUUCGUUUAAGUCCACCAAGUUCUUCCAGACGACCACAUUGGAUUGGGUUGAGGCCGGAUUGCAAGUGUGUCGUCAAGGGUACAACAUGUUGAAUUUGCUGAUACACAGGAAAAAUCUCAAUUAUCUUCAUUUGGAUUAUAAUUUCAAUUUGAAACCGGUGAAGACUCUGACGACUAAGGAGAGGAAAAAGUCACGGUUUGGAAAUGCUUUCCACUUAUGCAGAGAAAUUUUACGUCUCACCAAACUAAUAAUCGACUCCCAUGUACAGUACCGCCUGAAUAAUGUGGACGCCUUCCAGUUGGCCGACGGUUUACAGUACAUCUUUGCCCACGUGGGUCAACUGACAGGAAUGUACCGAUACAAGUACAAACUGAUGAGGCAAAUCAGGAUGUGCAAGGACCUGAAACAUCUUAUCUACUACAGAUUUAACACUGGCCCAGUGGGUAAGGGCCCGGGCUGCGGUUUCUGGGCCCCCGGAUGGCGCGUGUGGCUCUUUUUCAUGCGCGGCAUCACGCCCCUGCUCGAACGCUGGCUGGGCAACCUGCUGUCCCGGCAAUUCGAGGGGCGACACUCGAAAGGGGUCGCGAAAACCGUCACCAAACAACGGGUCGAGUCCCACUUCGAUUUGGAGCUGCGCGCCUCCGUUAUGCACGAUAUCGUCGACAUGAUGCCCGAGGGAAUCAAACAAAACAAAGCGAGGACCAUCUUGCAGCAUUUAUCUGAGGCGUGGAGGUGCUGGAAGGCCAAUAUUCCCUGGAAGGUGCCCGGUUUGCCGAUUCCCAUAGAAAAUAUGAUCUUGCGUUACGUGAAAAUGAAAGCCGACUGGUGGACGAACACCGCCCAUUAUAACAGGGAGAGAAUCAGGAGGGGCGCCACCGUUGAUAAGACGGUUUGCAAAAAAAACCUGGGAAGGCUCACCAGGUUGUACCUUAAGGCCGAACAGGAGAGGCAACAUAACUAUUUGAAGGACGGACCGUACAUAUCCCCUGAAGAAGCGGUAGCCAUCUACACCACCACCGUCCAUUGGCUGGAGUCGAGACGGUUCGCCCCGAUCCCGUUCCCCCCCUUAUCCUACAAACACGACACGAAACUGCUCAUUUUGGCCCUGGAACGAUUGAAAGAGGCGUACAGCGUCAAAUCCAGACUAAACCAGAGCCAACGGGAAGAACUGGGACUGAUCGAGCAGGCUUACGAUAAUCCCCACGAGGCUCUUUCCAGGAUCAAGCGUCACUUGUUGACCCAGAGGGCUUUUAAAGAGGUUGGUAUUGAGUUUAUGGACCUGUACAGCCACCUUAUCCCGGUGUACGAUGUAGAACCUUUGGAAAAAAUUACGGAUGCUUAUUUGGAUCAGUAUUUGUGGUAUGAGGCGGAUAAAAGGAGGCUGUUUCCGCCAUGGAUUAAACCGGCUGAUACUGAGCCGCCGCCCUUACUAGUUUACAAAUGGUGUCAAGGCAUUAACAACCUACAAGACGUCUGGGACGUAAACGAAGGCGAGUGCAACGUCUUACUAGAAUCGAAAUUUGAAAAACUAUACGAAAAGAUCGAUUUGACGCUGCUUAACAGAUUGUUAAGGUUAAUCGUGGACCACAAUAUCGCCGAUUAUAUGACGGCCAAGAACAACGUGGUGAUCAAUUACAAAGAUAUGAAUCAUACGAACAGUUAUGGGAUCAUUAGAGGUUUACAAUUCGCCUCAUUCAUCACCCAGUAUUACGGUCUCGUAUUGGACUUGUUGAUACUAGGUUUGCAGCGCGCAAGCGAAAUGGCCGGCCCCCCGCAGAUGCCCAACGAUUUUCUCACGUUUCAAGACGUUCAGACCGAAAGUUGCCAUCCGAUUCGGCUGUAUUGUCGUUACGUGGAUAGAAUCCACAUGUUCUUCAGAUUUUCGGCGGAAGAAGCAAAAGACCUCAUCCAAAGAUACUUGACGGAACAUCCGGACCCGAACAACGAAAAUAUCGUCGGUUAUAAUAACAAAAAGUGUUGGCCGAGAGACGCCAGAAUGAGAUUGAUGAAGCACGAUGUCAAUUUGGGCCGAGCCGUAUUCUGGGACAUCAAAAACCGCCUGCCCCGCUCAGUAACCACCAUCCAAUGGGAGAACAGUUUCGUCAGCGUCUACUCGAAAGACAACCCGAACCUGUUGUUCAACAUGAGCGGAUUCGAGUGCCGCAUUUUACCGAAAUGCCGUACCCAACACGAGGAGUUCACCCAUAGGGACGGCGUGUGGAAUUUACAGCACGAGGGCAGCAAAGAGAGAACCGCCCAGUGUUUCUUGAGGGUCGACGACGAGUCGAUGAGCCGAUUCCAUAACAGGGUGAGGCAGAUCUUGAUGGCGUCCGGCUCCACCACGUUCACGAAGAUCGUUAAUAAGUGGAAUACCGCCCUUAUCGGACUUAUGACUUAUUUUAGAGAGGCGGUAGUAAACACCCAAGAACUAUUGGAUCUCUUAGUAAAGUGCGAGAACAAAAUCCAAACUCGAAUCAAGAUCGGUCUCAAUUCGAAAAUGCCGAGCCGUUUCCCUCCGGUGGUGUUUUACACGCCGAAAGAGUUGGGCGGCCUGGGCAUGUUGUCGAUGGGCCACGUGCUUAUUCCCCAAUCGGAUCUCAGGUGGUCGAAGCAAACCGACGUGGGAAUCACCCAUUUCCGUUCCGGUAUGUCCCACGACGAGGACCAACUUAUACCGAAUUUGUACCGUUACAUCCAGCCGUGGGAGUCGGAGUUUAUCGAUUCGCAACGGGUGUGGGCCGAAUACGCGUUGAAACGACAGGAGGCGAACGCGCAGAACCGCCGAUUGACGUUGGAGGACCUGGAGGACUCGUGGGAUCGGGGCAUCCCGAGGAUCAACACGCUGUUCCAGAAGGACCGUCACACGUUGGCUUACGAUAAGGGAUGGAGGAUCAGGACCGAGUUUAAACAGUAUCAGGUGCUGAAACAGAAUCCGUUUUGGUGGACGCAUCAGAGGCACGACGGGAAAUUGUGGAAUUUGAACAAUUAUAGGACGGACAUGAUUCAGGCCCUCGGGGGUGUGGAGGGUAUUUUGGAACAUACGUUGUUUAAAGGGACUUAUUUCCCUACUUGGGAGGGUCUGUUCUGGGAAAAAGCCUCCGGUUUUGAAGAAUCAAUGAAAUAUAAAAAGCUGACGAACGCCCAAAGAUCCGGUUUGAACCAGAUCCCGAACCGUCGAUUCACCCUCUGGUGGUCGCCGACGAUAAACAGGGCGAACGUCUACGUGGGUUUCCAGGUGCAACUGGACCUGACGGGAAUUUUCAUGCACGGCAAAAUUCCCACCUUGAAAAUUUCCCUCAUUCAGAUCUUCCGGGCGCAUUUGUGGCAAAAAGUGCACGAAUCGAUCGUCAUGGACUUGUGUCAAGUGUUCGAUCAAGAACUAGACGCUCUGGAAAUAGAAACAGUCCAAAAGGAAACCAUCCAUCCGAGGAAAUCUUACAAGAUGAACUCCUCGUGUGCUGAUAUACUGUUGUUUUCCGCUUAUAAGUGGAAUGUUUCUAGGCCGUCCCUGCUAGCCGAUACAAAGGACACUAUGGACAAUACAACCACCCAAAAAUACUGGAUAGACGUGCAACUCAGAUGGGGCGACUACGAUUCGCACGACGUCGAACGAUAUGCCCGAGCCAAAUUUUUGGAUUAUACCACCGAUAACAUGUCCAUUUAUCCAUCGCCCACCGGAUUGUUAAUCGCCAUCGAUUUAGCUUAUAACCUUCACAGUGCCUACGGUAACUGGUUCCCCGGCUGCAAACCGCUCAUCCAACAAGCGAUGGCGAAGAUAAUGAAAGCGAAUCCGGCCCUGUACGUGCUCAGAGAGCGCAUAAGAAAAGCCCUGCAGCUUUAUUCGAGUGAACCGACCGAGCCGUACUUGUCCAGUCAAAAUUACGGCGAGUUGUUCUCCAAUCAAAUCAUUUGGUUCGUGGACGACACCAACGUGUACAGGGUGACCAUACACAAGACCUUCGAGGGCAAUUUGACCACGAAGCCCAUUAAUGGGGCCAUUUUCAUUUUUAAUCCGCGGACUGGACAGUUGUUCUUGAAGAUUAUUCAUACGUCGGUGUGGGCCGGACAGAAACGUUUGGGACAACUUGCCAAAUGGAAAACGGCCGAAGAAGUGGCCGCAUUGAUCCGUUCCCUCCCGGUGGAGGAACAGCCCAAACAAAUCAUAGUAACCCGUAAGGGCAUGUUGGACCCCCUGGAGGUGCAUUUGCUCGACUUCCCCAAUAUCGUGAUCAAGGGCUCCGAGUUGCAGCUGCCCUUCCAGGCCUGCCUGAAAAUCGAAAAGUUCGGCGACCUGAUCUUGAAAGCCACUGAGCCCCAAAUGGUGCUGUUCAAUUUAUACGACGACUGGCUCAAGACCAUCUCGUCGUACACGGCCUUCUCGCGGUUAAUUUUGAUCUUGAGGGCGUUGCACGUGAACACGGAACGAACGAAAGUGAUUUUGAAACCGGAUAAGACGACCAUUACCGAGCCGCAUCAUAUUUGGCCCACGUUAUCGGACGACGAAUGGAUCAAGGUUGAGGUGCAACUUAAGGAUCUUAUUUUGGCCGAUUAUGGUAAAAAGAACAAUGUAAACGUGGCCUCGCUCACCCAAUCGGAGAUCCGUGAUAUUAUCCUGGGUAUGGAAAUUAGCGCGCCGUCGGCUCAACGUCAACAAAUCGCCGAAAUCGAGAAACAGACCAAAGAACAAUCCCAACUGACGGCGACCACCACAAGAACGGUGAACAAACAUGGAGACGAAAUUAUCACGAGCACCACGAGUAAUUAUGAAACGCAAACGUUCAGCAGCAAAACCGAAUGGAGAGUGCGAGCGAUAUCCGCCACCAAUUUACAUCUCCGGACGAAUCACAUCUACGUCAGCUCGGACGAUAUUAAAGAAACCGGUUACACUUAUAUUCUGCCUAAGAACGUUCUCAAAAAGUUCGUUACUAUAUCGGAUUUAAGAGCACAGAUUUGCGCCUUUUUAUACGGCGUAAGUCCCCCGGACAAUCCGCAAGUAAAAGAGCUGAGAUGUCUGGUGCUGCCGCCGCAAUGGGGUACCCAUCAGACCGUCCAUUUACCGAACACCCCGCCGAACCAUCCGUUUUUGAAGGACAUGGAACCUUUGGGGUGGAUCCACACGCAGCCCAACGAGCUGCCGCAACUCUCGCCCCAAGACAUCACCAAUCACGCCAAGUUGAUGACCGAUAAUCCCGCCUGGGACGGGGAGAAAACUGUUAUUAUUACUUGCUCGUUUACGCCUGGUUCCUGUUCCUUAACGGCUUAUAAACUUACCCCGUCAGGUUUUGAAUGGGGCAGACAGAACACCGAUAAGGGCAACAACCCCAAGGGGUACUUGCCAAGUCAUUACGAGAAAGUUCAGAUGUUGCUCUCGGACAGGUUCACGGGAUUCUUUAUGGUACCAUCGCAAGGACCAUGGAAUUAUAACUUUAUGGGUGUAAGACACGAUCCGGGCAUGAAAUACGAACUGCAACUGGCCAAUCCGAAGGAGUUUUACCACGAGGUGCACAGACCCGCACAUUUCCUUAAUUUCUCGUCGCUGGAGGACGCCGACGGUGCGGGCGCGGACGGCGAGAACUCGUUCGCUUAAGGAUUUGGUCUGUGAUUUUUUUUAAUCGUUUGUCUUUUUAUAAACUGGUUUAUUUCAUUGGUUAUAUAAGUGGGAGUUUACUUUAUCUUUCGUAAUCGAUCAAUGAGGAUCCCGUCAUGUAUGUUUAGUCUAAUUUUAAGGCCUCCUUGAUAAUGUAGUGUAAAUAAGUCCAUACUAAAUAAACCUUAAACUUUUUUUAAAA